CCAUGAGAUCCAACAUGACAGUGUUUUUUCCAUUGUUGCUGCUAAUCUGCACUCUCUCUACAGUUCGACUUGAAAUAAACUCUGACAGCAAAAUUAUUCCACUUUUAAAUCGGGGAAUGGAAACAGCACAAACCUCUGACCCUGAAGAAACAUGUAAACCUGACAUCAAUUCUGUUCUGAGAGAGAUGAGUGCCUUGUUGGCUGAACUGAAAGCAGAGAUUAGACACUUACAGAAAGAGAAUGAAGCACAGGCAGCUAAGGUCAGAGAACUGGAGUUACAAAAGACGGAGUUGGAGAAGCUGAAAGAACAGCACGAAG